ACGUUUGCCAACAAGGAAAAGUUGUGGAACAACUCGUUUUGGAGUGUUUUAACACCUGUGGAGUGUCUUGACUUACCUAUAACUCUUGCCUCAUCUCAUUAAAGGGCUGUUUACUGGUGGAUAAAAGAAGAUGCAGUGGACUUUGGAGACAGUGUGUCACUGCAGUGGAUUAACAUAGCAGAGUGGCUCGGGUGAUGUGUUCUGCCCGCUCGACAUGAAGAGAUUCAUCGCUGCAUUACUGCUGUACAUACAGGUUUCAACCAUUCUGGGCAAUCCCAACUCCAAAGUGAUGUUGUUUCAUGAGGCAUGGGGUCGCAGUCAGUGUCGCUCUAUGGAGCGUAUGGUGGAUGUGGAGCAGGAGUAUCCAGGAGGAGUGGAGCACAUUUACAGUCCCGGCUGUGUGCCGCUGCUGCGCUGCUCUGGCUGCUGUAAUGAUGAAAAACUCACCUGCUACCCCACCAGCACACGCAACAUCACCAUACAGGCAAGAACAGAUCACGUCUUCAUGCAUACAUUUAACUGCAAUAUUUAA